GAUAACGGCCAAGUUAUAAUCAAUACGCCAGAUGAAACAAUUACCGAAGCCAUUCAAGAUAACCUCCAGAGCAUUAUUCAAGGGAAAGAUAGCCAAAUUGCGUAUAAAGUCCACAUAAUGCAAGUGGAAAAAGUGCGAAAGGAG